AGCCUUAUCCACGCAUGGCCGUUACCAUUCAAAAUAUGGAUAAAGUAGAAAACAUAGAGUGAUAGAGAUGCCAGCAGACUAAAUUAACAGCAAGAACAGAGCAGCACUACGCAACAACAAUGGCGGAUUCAUUAACUAUCUCCCUUCUCUCCACUGUUCCAGUUCCUAAUCCAGUACUGUCAACAAAAUUUGGAGAAUCUCAACUCAAAUGUAGUGUUCUUUCUCGACGAAACUCAUGUUCGAUUUCGACGAAAAGUGGUAUAAAAUGCAGUGGAAUGAGGUCAUCAACAAGAUUAUAUGCAGGGUUGACGGAGAUAGAGCCAGAUAUUAAUGAAGAUCCUGUUGAUCGGUGGAGAACUAAUGGCAUUGACAUUGAAGAUUUUGUGUUUGGAAAGUACGAUGAUCAUCAUACCUACUUCGAGAGUGAAGAUAAAGCAACAUUUUGGGGAUCUAUAAAAGAAGAUUAUGCUGCUGUUGCACCCCCAUCAGGAUUUCAAGGUAUUAUUUCAUGGCUAUUUCUUCCAGCAAUUGCAGCUGGAAUGUACUUCAAUGUUCCAGGGGAGUAUUUGUACAUUGGAGCAGCUGUGUUUACAAUUGUGUUUUGCAUUAUUGAGAUGGAUAAACCAAGUGAAGCCCACAAUUUUGAGCCUCAGAUAUAUAACAUGGAGAGAGGAGCUCGAGACAAGUUAAUAUCGGAUUAUAACACCAUGGACAUUUGGGAAUUCAAUGAGAAAUAUGGCGAGCUCUGGGAUUUCACUGUUACAAAGAACGAUAUCAUGAAAAGAUAGAAGUAAAAUUAAACAAAUCUUGUCCUGGAUCAUCAACAACCUAGUUGUAUAAUUAAGGUAUAUAUUCCCUUUUUUCAUAAUUUGUUAAUGCUGUAAAUUAGAUUUUGUUGGAAGAGGAACUAGAGCAAAGAUAGAACCCGGUAAGCAUCGUUUAAUUUCAUCGGUUACUCAGGAAUGCAAAUGUGCAGAGGAUGUUUGGAGUAGCUUAUGAAGUAACUGGGAAGUUUCCAAUGGAAAUAGUUCAAUGUUAAUAAUACAAAGUUUUUAAUUGAA